UUUAGAUUUCGAUGUGACACAAGUGUUGUGAUCAAUAUUCUGGCUCAUCGAGAUGCUACACAUUGUGACCAAAUUCAACAAGAAUACAAAACAACGUAUUCCGAGGAGCUUUCGAAACGUUUAGUUUCAGAGCUCACUGGAAAUUUAGAGGCUGCAAUUGUGGUUUGGAUGCAUGACCCUCUCAGACGUGAUGCAGAAAUCAUCAGAAAGUCUCUAAUCGUCGACAAUAACCUUGAAGCUGCUAUCGAAGUUAUAUGUUCACAUACUCCAUCACAACUAAAAUAUCUAAAGUCAUUUUACCAUAUAAAAUUUGGUGUUUAUCUCGAGUACGAUAUCCAGACAAAAACUUCUGGGGAUCUUCAAAAGAUCUUGCUUGCAUAUAUAAGCACCCCUCGCCAUGAAGGCCCCGAAGUUAAUAGGGAAACGGCUCACAAUGAUGCAAAAGUUCUCUUCAAAGCGGGGGAAAAGAAACUCGGAACUGAUGAAAAGACUUUUAUUCAAAUAUUCAAUGAACGAAGCAGUGCGCACUUGGCUGCGGUCAAUUUGUAUUAUCAUGACAUGUAUGGUCACUCACUGAAGAAGGUAGUAAAGAAUGAAGCAUCUGGGAAUUUUGGUCUCGCACUUUUGACAAUAACUGAAUGUGCUACUAAUCCAGCAAAAUAUUUUGCAAAGGUGUUGCAUAAUGCAAUGAAAGGUAUGGGGACUAAUGAUGACACACUCAUUAGAGUUAUUGUAUCUAGGACAGAGAUUGAUAUGCAAUAUAUCAAAGCUGAAUAUUUAAAGAAAUACAAGAAGACACUCAAUGAUGCAGUUCACUCUGUAACAUCUGGAAACUAUAGGGAUUUUCUUCUCGAACUUUUGGGUCCCAAUUAUUAAUCAAAGACGGUCAUGCUUGUUUUAUUUUGGGAUAUGGAUAAACUUCUUAUAAUAGUAGUUAUGGGAGUAUUUGAAAGUUAUAAUGUUAGUUAUAUUGUAUAGUUUAAGGAAUAAAAAUGAACGUACACUUAUACAAAACACUCGAUUAACUUCAUACGUGAAGGGGUUUUAACCUCGUUUACAGAGGCGAGGUAACGAAGGGCGU